AUGACGGGAUUUGGGGACGUUGCAUUGAUCUGGAGGUUUGACCUGAGAGUGAACUUAAUAUUCGCCUUGGUUGGGCGAUGGUGUACAGAGACCUACACCUUCAUUAUGCCGUGCAGUGAGUGCACUAUCACAUUAGAAGACGUCGCUAUGCAACUUGGGUUACGAGUUGACGGUGCUGUGGUCACUGGUCGAAGCAAUGUGUUGGAACCUUCAGUACUAAGCCACAGAUUGCUUGGACGGUCCCCUAAUAAUGGGGAAAGGAAUUUCACAUGCUUGACAUUGGCAUGGUUGAAAGCUAAUUUUAAGGAGUUAUCAAGCACUGCCACUGAGUACGAGGUGAUUUACAGUUGGGGAUCGGCAGUGUUGGCCGCAUUGUACUAUGAGCUUUGCCGAGCAACAAAACAUGGUGCUAGUAACAUGGCUGGUUGUUUGGUUCUGCUACAAUCUUGGGCUUUAUACAGGAUGCCAUUUCUAGCAGCUGUUAGGCACCAACCAUAUUCGUGGCCACUUAUAAAAAGAUGGGCCACGUCUCCAGGAAUUGGUGCGAGCCAAACAUUAAUCAUUUACCGCCAAAUGAUAGAAGCGUAUGCCGGAGAGAAAUUCUUGUGGAUGCCGUAUUCUGCACUGAACAUUGCAACCAUUAUUCCUCAGUGGGUUCAUGCUAAAGCCCAUAUGUGGUGCAUUAACAUGCCGGUGCUCAACUUUUCAACCGUUGAGUGGUACAAUGGUGAUCGAGUUAUGCGAUAA